ACUGGGGAAGUAUUUCUUGACUUCACGCCUGCCGAUAUCAUAUUCAAACACGCGGCCGCAGCGCAGAGAGGCCGUUGGCGUUGGAAUCCUUUCGAAGUGGCACUUUUUCCUUUCUUUCUCUCUCUCUCUCUCACCGGGAACAGCAGAUUAAAGACGGCGCCAUGGUGGCCACUAUCUGUCAGGUGAUGGGCUUCCUCCUCAGUCUGUUAGGGGUGGCGGGGAUAAUCGCGGCGACAGGGAUGGACCAGUGGUCGACGCAAGACCUCUUCGACAACCCCGUGACGGCCGUGUUCUCGUACUCGGGCCUGUGGAACUCGUGCGUCCGGCAGAGCUCCGGCUUCACAGAGUGCCGACCGUACUUCACCAUCCUGGGACUGCCAGCUCUGCUGCAGGCUGUGAGGGCCUUGAUGGUCGUUGGUAUUAUCCUCGGAGCCAUCGGCAGCCUGAUCGCCAUAUUUUCAAUGAAGUGCUUGAAAAUGGGGAGCAUGGACGACAACAUCAAAGCCACCAUGACCUUGACAGCUGGGAUCAUGAACGUUCUCGCAGGGAUCUGUGCCAUUGCCGGCGUGUCGGCCUUUGCGAACUUGGUUGUGCAAAGUUUUCGGUUUGCGUCGUACGCCGGAAGCGGGCUCAGCAUGGGAGGAAUGAGUGGCGGGGGUAUCGGAGGACUCUCAGGAUCUCUGACUCCGAGGUACACUUUUGGUCCCGCUCUUUUCGUGGGGUGGAUCGGCGGCGCCGUCUUGUUCAUUGGAGGUAUCAUGAUGUGCCUGGCCUGCCGCGGAAUGGCCCAGGACGGAAAGCAACGGAACGACGGGAUGACCUACAAAGCCGCCUCUCACCAAACUAUGUACAAGACCGACCCCCGAUCCCAUCCAGCCCAGUCCUACAGGGCCCAGAGUGUGGAUGGAAACCAGAAAUUUGACUAUGUGUAGAAUUAUUUAACUCUUAUGGAUAUGUCUCUUUUAUAUUCUGCUGCACUGUGAUGCUGUUUUUGUGUGUUUUGACCCUGUAUUCAUGGGGAAAGUGGUUUUUUUCUUAUUUCUCUCUACCUUAAUUUGGCUGAACUGCUAAACACUAAUAGUGGGUUUUUAAAUAUAUAUAAAGUUGUAACAUCAUAUAAUCCUAAUUAUCAAAUGUUGUUUUGUGAUUCAUAUUGUGGUAUUUUUUGUGAAAUAAAAAAAACUUUUGUAUAAUUCAAA